AUGCCUGAGGAGCCGGGCGCGCUGGGCGAGCUCUUCAUAGAAGGGCCUUCUGAUCCCGAUGCGCAAGCUACAGUUACCGAUUUCAUCGACUACACCGAAUACCUCCCCUCGGACCUCGUUCGAUCGCUCACCUUGAUUCGCGGCCUCGACGAAAGAUAUAUACAUGCGACAGCUUCAGUGCAUGAGCUCACAAAGGCCUACGGAGAGCUUCCAAAUCUUCCCUCAGAGGCGCGCCCACAGCCUCAUGUACUACGCAAACAGAUAUCAGAGCAAUUGCGACGCGCCGUCAACGCCCGUGAAUCCGCCUAUGCAGAGUCCUGCCGUCUCUACGACCUUGUCGAUCACUACGUUGAUCGCCUCGGGAGUAUAAAAUCUAAGCUACGUACGAUACUGGCGAAUCUCGGUCCGGAAAAGGAUGAAGAACCCAUCGAGACGAAGCGACCAGGCACAGCGGACGGAACAGCUCCAGCGCCUCGGAUUACUCUUCGUGUCGAUGGCCAGAAACCCCAGGGAGCUAUCCGGCGCCAGGAAACGGCGGCGCAGAAGAAAGGAAGAAGCCAGAGGCCGCCUGCCAUACCCAAACCAGGUACCGCGUUGUUUGAGGCACCAGGAGAAAUGCAAGGUCCACUUGUUCAAUUGCCUCCGGGGCAAGCUAUAGAGAAGUCCAAGAAAGAAAAGCAACCAAAGAAUCGACGGCCACCACGACCUGCAGAUAAAUCGUCCACCGAAGCUGCUAAACCAGCACCGGUGUUAGAACCUCCUCCGGAUGAUGCUGUUAUUGGUGGCGAAUACCGCCCAUGGCUGCGAUUGACAGAAUGGGAAAUGGCACGAUUACGCAAGAAGAUGAAGAAGAAUAAUGUCUGGCAACCCAGCGACGUUAUGAUCCAGCGCGAGCUGACUCUGGGUGCUCGUGGCUGGGACGGUUAUCUAGCCGCAAAACAGAAGGCCGAGGCAGAAGGCACCGAGUUUGUGGAUUGCGACGAUAUCAUGAAUACUUAUACCCCUGGCCAACUUGCUUAUAAGGGAGCAGGACUACCACCACAAAACAAGGCGGAAGAAAAUAAAACCUUUCUCAAUCGAGGUAUGAAACUAAACGAAGCCAAAAAACAAAAGCGCGAGAGUUUGGCACGAGAACAAGCUGCUGCAUUGGCCGCAGCGGAAGCAGAAAUGGCAGCGAAACGUCUUGGAAAUAUUGGAUCUACCUUCAAGACAUUGUUCUCGAAUCCCGCGCAGCCAUUGCAAGCACCUGCACCACCACCACCAGUACCACCAGUACCACCAACUCCACCUGUUGUUUCUGAUAGCACUUCUACUGGUCCUUUAGGUAACAAUACACCUCUGGCUAAUGAGACAACAGCUACGCCUAGACUGAAGAUAAAACCGAGUACGUCCAAGAAAAGAAAGCUCGAUGAGCUGGCUGAUACUGCGGCUCCUGGACAAGAGAAUAGCGGACCACAGCCGCCGCCAUCGGCUGGCGUUAGCCCAUCGACGCCGAAACCUCCUCCUCCCAAGAGGCUACAGCUGACCAUGCCAGCAGCUGAGAAUCCUCCCGCUGAAACGAAACCUGUUACCAAGCCUACUAUAUCUUUAAAACUCCCGCUACUUCCCACCAGGCCCAGCUCCAAGAUAUCCUCACCCUUGGCGUCGCCCGCUGAGCCCAAGUCCGCAGUUGAACCCUCAACUCGUCGUCGUCAAUCCAUCGUCUCCAAGGCUAUCCGAAGCUCUACACCACCGGCAGCCAAUAGGACAUCAUCCCGUCGUCGUUCGAUCACAUCUACUUCAAUUGACUCCGCUUCUCGUGACCGGCUUCGACGCAAGAGUACUACUCCAGCAAUCAAGGACCUAGCUACUAACCAACCAACAACACCAACCGCUGCCGUAGCACCCGCAGUAACAGCAGCAGGACGCCGAAGCAAACGACCAGCUCCCGGGCCCGUAACGGCAGGAGAAAACGGAGGGUCUGCAGUGAGCGUAGGUAGACGCAAGGCAAAACCAACAGUCAAAAAGAAGAGAGACCACCGAGACAGCAAUAUAUCAUCCAAGUCAGAAGAUAUUCGCAUCGACGAGGACGGCGUGCUUGAAGAAAUCGAUCCUAAUGAACCUCGCUAUUGUCUCUGUGGAGACGUUAGCUUCGGGACCAUGAUAUGCUGUGAAUACCAUGAUUGCGAGAGGGAAUGGUUUCAUCUUGACUGUGUUGGGCUCCCCGAGGUCCCUAGUCGACUAGCAAAGUGGUAUUGUCCUGAAUGUCGGAAGAAACUAGACAAGAUACCACCGGACGGCAUUGUACGGACAAGUGGCCGGCGAUGA